GACGCAAAGCACGUACAACGUCACGGACGUAUGCGUUUGCGUCCAGAAGCGCCAUUGGAACUUUGAACAGGCCUGCUUAGUUGUGUUUGUGAAGGUUGUGGUCCUGGAGGCACUGAGCCAACAUGUUUCGUCCCAAACCGACACUGAAGGACCGACAACACCUGUACAGACUCAUCAUCAGCCAGCUGCUCUAUGAUGGAUACACCACCAUCGCCAACAGCCUUAUCAAUGAGGUCAAACCGCAGACCGUUGUGUCGCCUUCAGAGCAGCUGAUGCAGCUGGCAAAGAUUGGGAUGGAGAAUGAUGACAGCGCUGUUCAGUACGCCAUCGGACGUUCGGAUACAGUGGCACCUGGAGUGGGAAUUGAUCUGGAAUUUGACGCUGACGUCCAGACCAUGUCUCCAGAGGCGUCCGAGUAUGAAACCUGCUACGUGACGUCACACAAAGGUCCGUGCCGCGUUGCCACUUACAGUCGUGACGGCCAGCUGAUCGCCACAGGCUCUGCUGACGCCUCCAUCAAGAUCCUGGACACUGAGCGCAUGCUGGCCAAGAGCGCCAUGCCCAUAGAGGUAAUGAUGAAUGAGACAGCGCAGCAGAACAUGGAGAAUCACCCUGUGAUCCGGACGCUGUACGACCACGUGGAUGAGGUCACCUGCCUGGCCUUCCAUCCCACUGAACAGAUCCUCGCCUCCGGCUCUAGAGACUACACGCUCAAACUUUUCGAUUACUCCAAACCCUCUGCAAAACGUGCAUUUAAAUAUAUACAGGAAGCGGAAAUGCUGCGCUCCAUCUCCUUCCACCCAUCAGGUGACUUCCUGCUGGUGGGGACGCAGCAUCCCACGCUGCGCCUCUACGACGUCAACACCUUCCAGUGCUUCGUGUCCUGCAACCCGCUGGACCAGCACACGGACACCAUCAGCGGCGUCAGCUACAACCCCAGCGCCAACAGCUACGUCACCUGCAGCAAAGACGGCAGCAUCAAACUGUGGGACGGCGUCUCCAACCGCUGCGUGUCCACCUUCGAUAAGGCCCACGACGGAGCUGAGGUCUGCUCAGCCAUCUUCUCCAAGAACUCCAAGUACAUCCUGUCCAGUGGCAAAGACUCUGUGGUCAAACUGUGGGAGAUCUCUACAGGAAGGACGCUGGUCAAGUACACAGGUGCGGGUCUGAGCGGCCGACAGAUGCAUCGUACUCAGGGCGUGUUCAACCACACCGAGGACUACGUUCUGCUGCCUGACGAGCGGACCAUCAGCCUCUGCUGCUGGGACUCACGCACGGCCGAGAGGAAAAACCUGCUGUCACUGGGACACAAUAACAUCGUCCGCUGCAUCGUCCACUCGCCCACCAACCCCGGCUUCAUGACCUGCAGCGACGACUUCAGGGCCCGGUUCUGGUACCGUCGCACCACCACAGACUGAAAACACUCAAACUAGACCAGAUCCAGGACUCUCUGACUCUUCUGUUGCCUUUAACACCCCCCACAAAGAAGGUCACCUCUGCUGUUGGUUUUCAGUUGAAAUUGUAGUGGAAUUAGAGCGAGGAAAUGGAGGGAACUGUUGCUCCAGUAAAUGAAGCCAAGAGUACGUCUAGUUCAACUAAAUGUUUGACCUUUGACAUUCCUCUUUACUUGGAAAGUUCAGCUGUAACACCCUCACAUUUCUCAGAUUUGUCCGAUUUGUCUUUUUCACUUUUAUAUUUUGUCCAUGCCCUUUUUUUCGUUGUAAUUCAGUCAUUCAUAAUAAACAUUUAAGGGGAAGUUU